GGAGCGGCGGUGCCUCCCGCGGCCCAGGCCUCGCCCUCCCGCGCUCCUCGAUGUCUCCCCGGCGGGGAGGACGCUGCCUGCGACACCCGCCGAGCGGCGCCCCCCGGAGCGCCCCGCUGUCGCCCCGCGGCGACGAUGAGGGCGGAGGGCGCCGACCACUCGAUGAUCAACCUGUCGGUGCAGCAGGUCCUGAGCCUCUGGGCCCAUGGCACGGUGCUGAGGAACCUCACGGAGAUGUGGUACUGGAUCUUCCUCUGGGCUCUCUUCUCCUCUCUGUUUGUCCACGGUGCUGCAGGCGUGCUGAUGUUUGUGAUGCUGCAGAGGCACAGGCAGGGCAGAGUGAUCUCCGUCAUUGCUGUCAGCGUCGGCUUUCUGGCCUCUGUGACUGGAGCUAUGAUUACUAGUGCAGCAGUGGCAGGCAUCUACAGAGUGGCUGGGAAGAACAUGGCUCCCCUGGAAGCCCUGGUGUGGGGCGUGGGGCAGACUGUACUGACACUUAUCAUCUCCUUUUCAAGGAUCCUCGCGACACUUUGAGGUUCUGAGGGAAUGUCUUCUUAACUAAGGAAAUAGAUGUACAGCUUCCCCGGAAAUGGCGUUGUUAACCAGCUGAAAUGAAAUUG